UAGUCCGUUGUUUUUGUUCAGUCAAGUGGGGGGUUGGUCUGGGUCCAGACCCUGGAUGUUUUUGUUAUUCUUUUCACUAUUAAAUUGAAACGCAAAAGGCGCAUGUUACGGCGGGUUGAGAAGUUAUUCAGCCAAACCGUCGGUACAGAGAUAGCAAACUAGUUAUAAUGGAAACAUUGGUAUCAGAGCUUUUUGGUUCAGGUUCCGGACAGAAGUCUGGUUCUCAAGGAGUUGGAUCUUGCUCAGGAACUGGCUUUGGAAAUGUUUCCAAAAAACAUUAUGCCAAGAACAGCAAAAAGCCAAAGGGUCGGUCAUUCCGAAACUUAAAAACAAGCAAUAAUCCCCCAUAUCUACCUCCAGAGGCUGAAGAGGGAAAUAUAGAGUACAAGCUGAAGCUGGUGAGCCCUACGCAAUAUCGCUUCGAACACCUGGCCACGCAAAUGAAAUGGCGCCUGCAGGAGGGCCGCGGCGAGGCCGUCUAUCAGAUUGGCGUGGAGGAUAACGGAAUGCUGGUGGGCCUAUCGGAGGAGGACAUGAGGGCGUCCCUCAAUACCUUGCGAAGGAUGGCUGAGAAGGUUGGAGCUGACAUUACUGUCCUCAGAGAGCGAGAGGUGGACUAUGACGCUGAGAUCCCUCGUAAGAUCGCUGAGGUGCUCAUACGUAAAGUGCCCGACGACCAACAGUUCCUGGACCUGCGCGUGGCAGUGCUAGGGAACGUGGACUCGGGGAAGUCCACCCUGCUCGGCGUGCUGACGCAAGGGGAGCUGGAUAACGGGCGAGGACGCGCCCGUCUCAACCUCUUCAGACACCUCCACGAGAUCCAGACAGGACGCACAUCCAGCAUCAGCUUUGAGAUCCUGGGCUUCAACAGCAAAGGAGAGGUGGUAAACUACAGUGAGUCUCGGACAGCAGAAGAGAUCUGCGAGAGCGCAUCGAAGAUGAUCACCUUCAUCGACCUGGCUGGACACCACAAGUACUUGAAAACCACCAUAUUUGGGCUGACCAGCUACUGUCCAGACUUUGCCAUGCUGGUGGUCAGUGCAAACACAGGCAUUGCCGGUACGACGCGAGAGCACCUUGGCCUGGCCAUGGCCCUGAAGGUGCCCAUCUUCAUCGUGGUGAGCAAGGUGGACCUGUGCACUCGGGCCACGGUGGAGCGCACCGUCAAGCAGCUGGAGCGUGUCCUGAAGCAGCCCGGCUGCAACAAGGUCCCCCUGGUGGUCUACAACUCGGACGACGCCGUCACGGCGGCACAGCAGUUCGCCCAGUCGCCGAGCGUGACGCCCAUCUUCACGGCGUCCAGCGUGUCGGGGGAGAGCCUGGACCUGCUCAAGGUCUUCUUCAACAUCAUCCCUCCCCUCAGCAACAGCAAGGAGCAGGAGGACCUCAUGCAGCAGCUCACUGAGUUCCAGGUGGACGAGAUUUACACCGUGCCUGAUGUAGGCACCGUGGUGGGAGGAACUCUUUACAGUGGUAUCUGUCGCGAGGGGGAGCAGUUAGUGGUGGGGCCAACCGACUCGGGCCACUUCCGUCAGCUGUCGGUAUGCAGCAUCCAGAGGAACCGCUCGGCAUGCAGGGUACUCAGGGCGGGCCAGGCCGCCACGCUGGCCCUGGGAGACUUUGACCGCUCGCUGCUGCGCAAGGGCAUGGUGAUGGUGAGCCCAGAGAUGAACCCCACCAUCUGUUCGCUGUUUGAGGCUGAGAUUGUGCUGCUGUUCCACACCAAGACCUUCCACAAGGGCUUCCAGGUCACCGUCCAUGUGGGCAACGUCCGGCAGACUGCCACGGUGGAGGCCGUGCACGGCAAGGACGAGUUGAGAACAGGAGAGAAGGCGGUGGUGUGCUUCCGGUUCAUCAAGUACCCAGAGUACCUCAAGGUGGGGGCCAAGCUUUUCUUCCGAGAGGGCGUGACCAAGGGCAUCGGCCAGGUCACCAAGCUGCAGCCCGUCUCCCAGUACCAGCCCCCCCACAGCGAGGACGAGGAAGCCUAGAGCCCCAGACUGACCUCAGGGCCGACCUCAGGGCCGACCUCAGGACCGGCCCGUGGACGCAGCACACCAAAAGUCCCUUCUAGAACCACACUGAAGAACGUGAUGGAGAGAGGAUCCUCUUCAAGCCAUCUUUUGCCUCUGGUCUUCAUCCGAAAGGCCGGUCUCAACACAACAGACUUGAGCGAACUUUUUCUCUUUUUUGUUCUGUCUUUUCUCUUUUGUUAAUGAUUGCUUCUCCAAAGCCUUGUUGUCACACCAAACGUCUCACACUCAAAUCUCUCGAGCCUUUAAAACGAGAUGCUUUCUUAUAAUAACUCACCUUAAGUUGUCGGUGUUCAGGCAGGUUCCCCCAAGCAGUGCCUUAGUGUCACGGUGGUGUUGAACAAGGAUUUGUCCAUCUGGCAUCUAUCUGUGGUAACCAUGGAAACAUGAGCGUAAACAAGAAGUCGCUUCAGUUAUUCAUACACCCGAUGAAGUGCUUAAUACACAGACAUUGAAGAAACACGUUUGCACCUGAAUGCAAGAAUAGAAUUUCACAAGACCGUACACACACACUGACACGAAUGCCUAUAUGUUUUUAUCACCUGUAAGGGCACUGAGUCUUUUAAUACACAUCUAUAUUUCAGACAUGUUUACAAACUUUUGAAGUAGAAGACUGCUCUAUGUGCAAUAGACUUUGCUUCAAUUGCAGCUAACAGUGAUCAGAGGUAGGCAAUGAUCACCACACACCACCUCGUCUUUGUGACCAGCUGAGUGCCUGACAACAGAGGACAAGCCUUUUAGAGAUGUUAAAUCCUCCUGUGAGGCUUCCUCAUCAUUCUUUAUUUCACCAGAUCUUAUCAAUUAUAAAACAUUUAUACACUUUUCGUUUUUCUUACAAAGCGGCACGUGCCCCUCUCGCACUGAACAGGCUGUUGACAGUGGCGCUUUAUGAAGACAGGGUACUCUGGCAUGUGGAAACGAACCUGACAUAAUUGGUAUCAACUAACAUUGACUGGUAACCAUAUCUUCCUUUAUGGCACUGUUUGAGAAUUAGGAUGUUGACUUGUAGUAAUGCCUGUUGAUAACUCAAUGAAUCAAUGGUGUGGUUGACUACAUGAUGUGCUUUAGAUGCUGGGGUCAGUAGUAGUUCUUGACAUCACUACUCCUGUGUUGAAUCAACGAGGUUUUGGCAUAAAGAGCUUUUAGGAACCAUUAUUCAACCAAUUAUUUCCAAAAAAGGGAUUUGUGCUCAUUGUGUGUUUGAUUAUGUGUGUUGAAUGCUAAGCUGACAUUGUGUUUAACCUUCUGUGUUCGAGUUUCGUUUAGUCUUUUCCAUGAAGUUACUGAGAUCACUUUGCUUUUGUAAGGAUUGAACACAGUGCCUGGUGGAACUCUGAGAACCUUCCAUGACACCCUAGGGUUUAAAUACUUUUUUACAAUCAGCCAGAUUUGGUGCUUUUCAGUGACACCAUAUUUGAUAUCUAAACUCAAGUUGCUACUCAUUGUUGAAGGCUACUAUUGGCCUAAUUAGUUAUCUAAUGUAAUUGUAUGUUCACAUGAAUGAUCCAACAGAUUGUCGCCUCCAAAACUACGGUAUGGAGACAGUAGAAAUGUGUUUCUUGUUUGUUACAAUAACGUUAUUGAUGUAGGGUUUGUGUGCACAGUUAGAGGGGGAAAAAAUGUAUUUCAACCAAACUAUUUUAUAGCCUUGAAAAAGGAGUCUAUCGAAUGUUUCAAAUAGAUUUUUGCAUUUGAGGAAUGUUCCUGUUUUUAUAGAUUUAUAGUGGUUAAUACCUGUCUUCUUAGAUCACCUGUUUUCACACACCACAAAUAUUAUCAAUUCCUCUACUACGGAUGCAAAGACUUUUCUUUAAAAAUGACGUACUGUAUUUUAAUCCUCUUGUGUGGGUGAAGUACCAUAUGUAUUUAUGUACAGAUCCAGUUUGUAUAUUAUGGUGUACAUAAAUCAAUAAAAAAACUGAACUAUGU